CAUACUAUCUUCUUACUUGAUUCGGAAGAUUUUAAUUAUAGAAAGCGAUGGAAUCGUGUGAAAAUGGUUAAAACCAUGUUCUAUGGUAGACUAAGAUGCGUACCUUCCUUCUAUUAAUAAUGCUAUUACUUAAUUUUUUUUGUAAUUUUAUUUUGUAAAAUUGUCAAACGAGAGGAGGAGAGAGAGAGAACAGAUGGAGUUGCAGAGAAGAGCAUGGGUGAGAGGCAUAUGGGAGGCUUUGAAGGAAAUUCUUUUGCAGAAGCUCUUAACAUAUAAGCUUCGUUCUUCUCCACUUAUUCUUCCAAACCACUUGGCUACUCUCAAUGUUAUCGUCACAGGAGCCACCAGCGGUAUAGGCCUCCAAACUGCCAGAGAGCUAGUGAUGGCCGGUGCCAAUGUUGUGAUGGCUUGUAGGAACGUUAAUGCUGCUAAUGAAAUUGCUCAACAGUGGAAAUCAGAAGUACGUCAAUAUGGUAGGACCCUCAAUGUCAAGGUGAUGGAAGUUGAUUUGCUAUCCCUUAACUCUGUCCGGCAAUUUGCAGUUGAGUGGGAUCAACUUUCAAUGCCUCUCCAUAUUCUAAUCAAUAAUGCUGGCAUCUUACGUAUGGGAGAGAGACAGCGGUUUUCAGAAGAUGAUGGAAUAGAAGAGCAUUUUCAGGUGAACCAUGUGGCACCAGCUCUUCUCACUCUCUUGCUCCUUCCCUCAAUGCUCAAAGCCACUACUUGGCGUGUUGUUAGUGUCAACUCUCUGGCGCAUCAUUGGGGACAGGUGGAUUCAAAAGGUUGGAAUAGCAGGAUAGAGGAACAUAAAUUUAGUGGAACAAAGGCUUACGGAUCGAGCAAACUUGUGCAUAUCAUGUUUCUGAAGGCACUAGCUAUAAAUCUUGUAGAACUAGGUUGUAACUCAGUUCAAUGCAUUGCUGUCCAUCCAGGCAUUGUCGCUUCUAACUUGGUUCCAGGCUUCAAGAAAAAGGCAUUUUGGAUGCUUGACACAUCUGAAGGGGCAAGGAGUGUGCUAUAUUGUGCUACAAGUAAUGAUGUGGUGGACAACUUGGAUAAGGGUUUUGCCUACUACUCCAGCAACUGUAAACCAGGAAAAAUGUCUCCCUUAGCAGACAAAUUGGAGAUUUGUUUGGAGAUAUGGGAAGAGACAUUGAAAAUAUUAGGUUUAGACGAUAAAUAUCUGUCCACGUCCCAAAUCUAAUGUCACAACAACUACUAAUAUAAUAUGUAGCACGUAUUAUAGAAUGUCGUAAAUGAAUCAAUGGUACGCAAAUGAAUCAAUGGUAAUAUAAUAUGGUACGUACUAUUUUCUUGUACUAUAUUACUUUAAUUAAAUAAAAAACACACUGCGAAUAUAAUUAGCUGGGAGACAAAGAAAAUACAACAAUAUUAAUUUUUUUAGUGCAUUCAAAGAGUUCGGUCAUA